GUUUCCAAGAUGCGUCCGACAGAAGGGUGUCCACAACUCCUUGAUAUUAUCCAUUCAUGAGAGGUAUGGAAAGAAAACGUAAAGGAUACCUUCUACGAAAAAACAACUCCUUCGAUAACAUCAGAUUUAAGAAACAGAUCCCAUCGAACGGCGAGCUCGUGUGCCUCUGCAACAAGAAUGGUACAUCCAGGACCUAUGACCUGCAGACACAGACAGUGACCUUCGGGGAAGAAGAGACCUCAUCCAAACCUAAGAAAAAGGUCUUCUCUCGCUCCUCACUUCUCAAGAAGUUUACGUCCGACGAUAUCCAGAAGACAUCCAAGAAAAAUAAAUCAGAGAUGGAUCAGGACUUGGAGUUUUAUCCUGUUGAUGAUCACCCAUCGCCUUCCACAUUUACUGCAUGGGAUGCUUUUCUUGCCGGAAAUCAGGCGUUUUUCAGGGAACCCGCGUGCUUAGUGCCCGAUCCGGCCUUCUCAUACAUGGACGUCAUCCCCGAGGAAGACGAUGACGUCGAAGCUCUUCUUGAGUCGGACACUGACGACACUGGCAGUUCUGUGUCCACAGUCAUAGACAGAUUUUCUAGAACGAGCACAGCCAAUUCCAGCUUUUCUGAAAGGUGCAAAGGAUCGUCUGGAGAUGUUACAUUUGAUUUAGAGAAAGUUCUCUCUCCCUUUGAGAGGCUGGAAAAAGAAUUAGAUGCUCAUCAUAUUAAGGAUUUUGACCAGUCUUCAUUGCCUAAGGAUAUUCAGAGAGGACCUAUAGUGGUCAUAACAAAUAGCAGCAGUUGUGAAGAUGUUCACAGCGCUGGCGAAGAUGAGACUCCUUUGGAGACGAUUCAGAAUUCUUCAGAAAGUGUCAAAUCUUCCAAUCUCAACGGGAGUGCCGAAGCAGCAGACGAUGAACAGAGCGAACCUCAAAAUGAAGAAGCAACGAUUCCGCAAGAAAUAAAACCUACAACUCCGAUGCGACAAAAAAUGGUCAAUGGUGUUAAAAAUUCAGAAAAAAUAACAACAAAACAAAAAAUGCCAUGCCUGUCCGCGCCAAGCUUAAAGGCAAAAAAGUCAUAUCCCACCCCUAGUGUCCCUCCAAGAAUGAGCAAGCACCUGCCAGCGCGAAGAACACGUAGUGAUCCUGGAUCUACUGAUCAGCCUUCUCGAAUUCCAAGGCCUAUAUCAUCCUCAAAUCGGUCGUCAUCGAACAUUCCAAGUCCAAAAACAAACAAUAGAAACAGUAGAAGUCAAAAAUUGGGUUUUAUGAAGAGACAAGUAUCGCAGGAGAAUCUAAAAUCAACUAAAACCGAGCCAUUAAGCAACACCUUCGAGAUAACAUCGGUUGAUACGUCAUUCUCAGAAACUUCAAAAGAAUCAGAAAAGUCGCCACCCACUUCUCCAGAUAAUGUAGAAACAGCAUCUGACAAUAAAGUGGACGAUGUUAAAGAAACGAAUACUUCACCCAUUUUAGAACUAGAACAAAAAUGUUCAAGUGAUGGUGACCCCGUGGAUGAAUGUUCGAUAAGUUAUGCUCCUUCGGAAAGUACAUCUAAUGAUUUCAGUCAAUCUAUUGCGAAAAAUGAUUUGGAAGUAACGCCAAAUCAUUUAAAACAAAAUGAAACCAAUCCUUUCCGGAAUACUGAAGAAACUAAAAAUCCAUUUGUACGGAAAAAUAAUCCUUUCGAAGAUAAUGAAGUAGAUGAAAACUUGCCAGCUCUUCCAUCAAAAGGGCAAAUUUCUGCCGCUCUUUUUGCACCCCCAGUACCAGAACGAACUAUUCCUGUGAGUACAGAGAAUGGAGAAAAUAGCACUCAACGAUGUCCAACUGUCAUCCAACUGUCAACAUCUAUUGAAACAAUAAAGGACGGAGAAAUCGUAUUGUCAGCUCAAAAUGCCUGCGAAAGUAUGUUGAUUGAAAUACCAGCUGAGCACAGUUCGCCGAGAGAAUGUCCCCCCACACAUAAUUCCGGGGUUCAGGAAGAAGGUGAGGGGGGUGAAGACCUCCCCCACCAACGACCGAUUGAGGACAUUUUGCAAGCGCUUGAUCAGCUCGUGUUGCCAGCGCCACCUCGAGAAGUAGAGAUUAACAUUGAGUGGGAGGCUCGAGGUCCGGUGAAUAUCAGGGAAAAAAGGGUCGAUCCCUCGACUGCUUCUGGCGACGGAAGUACAGAUUCUGAGACGGAAGGCCUCUCUCCAGACAGGAAACUUUCGAUUGAAAAUCUUCUGAAGGAAGUGGAUGAAUGUCUGAGAGAAGAAAAUGGUAAAUAUUAUUUAGCUCAUAUGUUUUUGAAAACAUACUGUGGAGUGUCUUACCACUACAAAUAUUGAAUACCAAUUUCUUAGUAUAUAAGACAUGUUAACUAAAUUCUACAUUGAGAUGCCUUUUGAUAGAUGACGCUCUCAGAUCCAUGUGGAUCAUCCAACAUCGAUGGGUGAUCCACAUUGAACAGUUGAUUUGUUCACAAAAUAGCGCUCCAAAGAUCCGGUAAAGAAAAUUUAAUUCUCACGACCCAUAAAAAAAAUCAGUAAAAGAAAGAAAGAAAACAGAAUAGAAUGAGAGAAAAUAAAUAAAUAAACAACAUUAAUCAACGAGUGGCAUUCGUUCUUUGAAUUCUAUCACAGACAAAAUUCUGGGAGUAAUGUGGCGUAACAACCUCUACAACUGUUAAACACCAAUUCUCUCGUAUAUCAGACAUGUUAACUUGAUUCUCUCUAGAGGUACCUUUUGAUAGGUUGGCAGGAUCGAUAAUACGCUCCCCACAAAACAAUUUUUAAAUUUAAUGAUCUUAAACAAUAAUCUCACAAUGCAGAAGUAAUUUCGUGCUAUCAAUACCCUCAUGAGUAAGGAAGGAUUUGACUCCUCUUCCUAUCCUUUUUACAUUAAAAUAUUUUUUUAGAUCAUCAAACGGCGACAUAAUAUCAAUCAAAUCUUGUGCGAUGCCAAAUACUCACAGGAAGUGUUCAAAUCAAGUGUUGUUUAUGUCUAUCAGGCAUUUUUAAGU